GGGCCGGUGGGCGGUGGAGGAGGAGUUCAGGAAGAGCGCUGAGUGCUACGUGUCCACUGUAUCCCAACUUUCACAAACUUUACUUUCAUUAACUUUGUGUAAAUCUCCAAGGGAACACAUCGUUAGAAACCUUCGGCCAGCGUUGUCGCUUUGAGGCAUUAUGUCCGGGUUAAAAAAGCAAAAGACGGACCUGUCGAGAGCAACAAAUGUUGUUUAUCAGGCUCAUCAUGUUAGCAGAAGCAAACGUGGCCAAGUGGUUGGGACCAGAGCUGGUUUUCGUGGCUGUACUGUCUGGCUAACAGGAUUGUCUGGUGCUGGAAAGACCACCAUUGGAUUUGCUUUGGAGGAAUAUCUGGUUUCUCAUGCUAUUCCGUGUUAUUCACUUGACGGUGACAAUAUUCGCCAUGGCUUGAACAAGAACCUGGGCUUCACGGCGGCAGACAGGGAAGAGAACAUCCGACGUAUCGCUGAGGUGGCCAAAUUGUUCGCUGAUGCAGGACUGGUUUGCAUCACAAGUUUUAUUUCGCCUUACACUAAGGAUCGAAAUGAAGCCCGGAAGAUCCUUGAGAGCGCAGGUCUGCCUUUCUUUGAAGUUUUUAUAAAUGCCCCGCUGGAGGUAUGUGAGAGCAGAGAUGUGAAAGGACUUUAUAAAAAGGCCCGUGCGGGAGAAAUUAAAGGUUUCACAGGAAUAGACUCUGAAUAUGAGAAGCCUGAAUCUCCAGAGCUCGUGUUAAAGACAGGAGAGCUCACUGUCAAUGAGUGUAUUCAUCAGGUAGUGGAGCUCUUGAAGGAACAUGAUAUUGUGCCCACUGGUGUGACUGAGGAAGUGAAUGAGCUCUUUGUUCCUGAAAACAAGCUGGACUUGGUACUGACUGAUGCCAAUAUACUUCCCACUGUAAACAUCACAGAGCUGGAUAUGCAGUGGGUGCAGGUUCUAGCUGAAGGAUGGGCGACACCUCUGAGAGGUUUCAUGAGAGAGAGAGAAUAUCUUCAAGUCUUACACUUUGGAAACCUGCUUGAUGGAGGGACCAUAAACAUGUCGGUGCCCAUCGUGCUGCCCGUAUCCAAGGAAGACAAGGAGAGACUGGACGGCAGUGCAGCUUUUGCCCUGCAGUUCAGAGGUCGCAAAGUGGCAAUUAUGCGCAACCCUGAGUUUUACGAGCAUCGCAAGGAAGAGAGAUGCGCGAGGCAGUGGGGUACAACAUGCCCUAAACAUCCGUACAUAAAGAUGGUAAUGGAGGGUGGUGAUUGGCUGGCCGGUGGAGACUUGGAAGUGUUUGAGCGUGUAUUGUGGAAUGAUGGUCUCGACCAAUAUCGUCUCACUCCACGGGAGCUGCGGCAGAAAUUUAAGGAAAUGAGAGCAGAUGCAGUCUUUGCAUUCCAGUUGCGCAAUCCUGUGCACAACGGCCAUGCGCUCCUGAUGCAAGACACCAAACGUCGCCUGCUAGAGCGCGGCUAUAAGAACCCCGUGCUGUUGCUGCAUCCUCUGGGUGGCUGGACCAAAGAGGAUGAUGUACCUCUAGACUGGCGCAUGAAGCAGCAUGCCGCUGUCCUGGAGGAAGGGGUUCUGGAUCCGGCAAACACAGUUGUGGCCAUUUUCCCCUCACCUAUGAUGUAUGCUGGACCUACAGAGGUACAGUGGCAUUGUCGGGCCCGGAUGAUCGCUGGGGCCAACUUCUACAUCGUAGGACGGGACCCAGCAGGUAUGCCCCAUCCAGAGACAAAGCAGGACCUGUAUGAGCCCACACACGGAGGAAAGGUGCUGACCAUGGCACCAGGCCUCACAUCUCUGGAAAUUAUUCCCUUCAGAGUUGCUGCAUACAAUAGAGUUAAGAAGGCCAUGGAUUUCUAUGACAAGGAAAGACACGAUGAAUUUGAGUUCAUCUCAGGGACCAAAAUGCGGAGUCUCGCCCGCAGUGGAGAGAAUCCUCCAGAUGGUUUCAUGGCUCUCAAAGCAUGGAAAGUCUUGUCUGAGUAUUAUGGCUCUCUAAAAAAGGACCAGUGAGAAAUCGGCACAAGCCUGUGAAUUAUAGUAAAGUCUAUUUAGGAAUAUAGAACGAUUAAUUAUAUAUAUACUACAAACCUGCAGUAUAUUAAGACUGUUUAAUAAGGCAGUAUAAAGAUCUUUAUUAGACUUACGUACUACAAAAUGCUGGGCUAUUUAUAACCCAG